AUGUCUUUGGCAAAUUCGAUCGUUAACAAGUUUAAAUACAUAAAUAAUAAUAAUAAUAAAAGUAAUUUAAUAAAAGAAAUAAUAAGGAAAAAUCAUGGGGAAAACGUAAUUGUAACGACUACUCAGGAUGAUGUAAAUAAAAAACCUCACGAGCCGGUUAUGUUAAAUGAAGUUAUAAAAAAUUUAGAUUUAAAAAAAGGGAAUUUAUUUUUAGAUAUGACAUUCGGUUCGGGUGGACAUUCUUUGGAAUUAUUAAAUCGCGUACCUGAUUUAAAAAUAUUAGCUUUAGAUAGAGAUCCAAUUGCUUAUGAAUAUGCAUUGAAUGCUAAGGAAAAACAUCCGGAUAACAUAUACCCGCUGUUGGGUAAAUUUAGCGAUUUGCCAAAAUUAUUAAAUGAUAAUAAUAUUAAAGCUAACACCAUAGACGGUAUAUUAUUAGAUUUGGGUUGUUCAUCAAUGCAAUUCGAUACACCUGAAAGAGGUUUUUCAAUAAAUAACGAUGGACCCUUAGAUAUGAGAAUGGAUUGUGAUAGAAUCAAAGGUAGUCUAACAGCAGGUGAUGUAAUAGCACAUGCAACUGAAAUGGAAUUAUAUAACAUAUUUAAAAAAUAUGGAGAAGAAAAAAGAUCAAGGAAAAUUGCCAGAGCCAUAACGCAAAUGAGAAACACAUUUAAACCUAUAAAAACGACAAAAGAUUUAAACGAUUUGAUCAGCGUUGUUCUCACAGAUGUUAGAUAUGAUAAAUUAAAUAGGAAAACAGGCACAGGGACUAAAAUAUUUCAAGCAUUGAGAAUAUUUGUCAAUAAUGAAUUGAAUGAACUCAAUUAUGCUAUGACAUUAGCUCAUCAUUAUUUAAAAGUCGGAUCCAGGGCUGUCGUUUUAACUUUUCACUCACUCGAAGAUGUCAUCGUGAAAAGACAUUUUAAAAAUCAACAUCAAUUAAAUUAUGUACAAAAUUUACCCUUAAAUAUGAUUAAUUCUCUUAAAACAUAUGAUGAAUGUGAAUUUAAUAGUUUUAACAAACAAUAUUGGAUUCCUGUUAAUAAAAAAGUUUUGAUUCCGGAUUCAUUUGAAGUUUGCAAUAAUCCAAGGAGUAGAUCUGCUAAAUUAAGAGCAGCUAUCAAAACUCAAGAAUCAGUUUACAAGUGA